AUGGUUUGGUUAUCUUUUGUGGCAACACUAUACAUCAUUAUUGGUGGACUCGAAUUUUUGCUGAAUUUAAUGGCUUCGACUUUCAUUAUAAGUAGACGACACAGCCCAAUUAUGCCGCUUACAAUCUAUGGGUUAUCCGACACAGUGUCGAGUGCUCUGACCGGCAUUGGUCUGUUGUGUGAUGGAUGUCUGUACUUUACAAAUCUAAUGUACAGUAAUUCAUGCUCUAGAUACUUUUUAAUAUUCUCCUUACUAAUAUUUGCAAUUGUGACCAGCAACUUCUCUACACUUGGAUCUGCUAUUGAGCAUUAUCAGGGCGUAUUCACAGUAUUCCCACAGUCACGUAACUUUCAAAAUACCAGUACUUUCUCACUCAUGUGGACAAUGUCAUCAUGGUUUAUUGCCUUGAUAUUUGUGAGUGUGAUAUGGGGUCACACAAAGGUAUUUUCUGUAUAUGAUACACAGAAUAACACACUAUAUUUGGAAAGCAGCAGACAAAAUCGAAAUAAUCGAGGUCUCCUGGAAAAUCUAUGGGAACGCAACAGUCAAUAUGACUGGUCCAGCGAUUAUCGUGAAAAUGUUAUCAUUGGAUUAAUUUAUGGUAUUGUCGGAGGCAACAUUUCACAUACUGCGCUAGAGAAGUUUCAUGGAAUCGCACACACUAAAGAAAAGCAGACUGAAAACCUGCAAAUUAUUAAACAGCUGCACUCCACUCUUGGUAUUACUGAUGAGGAUCAGCAACGAAUAUUUGGAGAAAUUGGUGAAACUUUAUUCAAUAAAAAUCAGCUAAAAAAUCUCACCAUUCUUAAUGAAAUACAAAAUCCCAUUCAAACUAACAAUGAAACAGACAACCUAACCAAAUCAGACUUCAUAAAUUUCAAGACUUUCAAGCCAUCAUCAACAGCAAUAAUUAAAAACCUGCAAAACAAUAGUUUAAUGAACGACUCAAAAAUUUCAGAAACAGUAAAUGGCAUACACAAGCCAAUGAAGGAUCAUGUACAGGUGAAAGCCAGCAUCACUAAUGUGACAACCCCAGCAAUAAAUACUAAUUACCUAGAAUUUGUCGAUACAAAAAUGAGAACUCCAGGUGCACAAAUGAAGACUUCGAAUCCACAAACGGUGACCCCAGAUACCCAAACAGUGACCCUAGAUGUCCAAACAGUGACUCCAGAUGCCCAAACAGUGACUCCAGACAUACAUAAAGUUACUUCAGGUGUACUAAUAAUCAAUAAACAUUAUAAUUUUUCUAACAAUCCAGAGGAACUUUCCUCGAUUACAGAAUUGUUUUUGGACAAGUCUGACACAACAUUAGAACCAUACCUUACCACAGACCUACAGAAACAGAGCAGCUCACUAACACAAGUAACUGAAACCACAGUAUUAUAUACAGACAAUCCUUGUCAAGAGCUUGAGACUGAAAAUAUAUCAAUAGAUGUAACUGCUGAAUCUGAUAUACCUGUAACAACUCCUGCCCAUAAUAAAAUACACGAAGGAAGCUAUAGCCAAGACUCCAAAACCGAAAAAGCAGAACACUUCAAGCCAACCAUAGUACCAUUAUAUAUAACAAAUUCAACUAUGAUGCCUAUAUACAGUACAAAAUAUGAAUCAAAAGAGGAAUUAGAAAAUGCAUUUUUAAAUACAACAUCUAGCAAUAAAAUACUAAUUAACAUUACAAGAGAAAAACAACAUGAAUCUGCUGCACUGGGAAUUACACAAGCGUCUGACGAAAAUGGAAUAGAAUUCUCAAUGACCAUAAUACCAAGUAACAUCACCACCACAGACUAUUCAACUUCUGACCAUCCACUCGCAACACUGACCAUCUUCCUAGCUUGUCAGUUCCUAAAGCUUGUGAUAUUCUCACCUCUCCAGCCAAACUUUCUACCAACUUUCAUGACGGUUCUCUUCGUGAUGGUGUAUGCAAUUCCGCUGUUGGCGAGUGGCGGGUUAUACAUCCGCACAGCCUGGAUUCUCUGCUACCACACACCACUGCAGACUACUGUUUCAGCUUAUUCAUACUGGUCACAUACCAAGAAAGCAACAUGUUGGGGGGUGGUAAUGUUAUCAACAAACUUUGGCUGUUGGACUCCUUUUAUGGUAGAACGUUUGCUCUACGCUUGGGAGGUGAUCGACGAACAACCUUCCAUUGUGCCUGCCACAUUGUUUCUCAUUACACGCAUUCACAGUCUAUUACGAGGAAUAGUCUACGUGUUUAACCAUGCAGAGGUUCUUGGACGAGUCUCUGCCAUCCCUACAGCAACGGUGCAUUCAAGCGGCUGUACCAGUACAUUGGUGAACAUAGAAGGUGCUCCCCAAAGAAUUGGACAGUCCUUUAUAACACCAUCCAUGGAAAGGAAUACUUCAAGAGCCUCACUUUUAGUAUCUCGAUCACCAAUAAACUCAAACAGAGAUAGUAUAUCAUCCAUUAACAUACAAGAAAACUUAUUUACAAUACCAUUAUCAAACACCUGUACAACUCCUCUUCCAAAUAUGCCAGAUAUAGUGUAACAUACAUCAAUGUAAAGCCCUGUAGCAGCAGAAUGACAGGCCAUUCACAAUUAAAUACUGUAUGGUACUUUAUUGAACAAAAAAAUAAUAAUUACAGUAUAACCAUUGCGACAAUAU